GAUUUGGUUGACGCGCUGGGGGCGGGGCUUGACUUGAAAGCGCUCUGAGUUUCCCUGGAGUGUCUGUUGGGGUUGGUGACGUACGCGCUCCGGGUGCCGGUUGGGGAGCGCUGGGUCGCCUGGCCGCGGUCGGGAUGUACCACAGCAGCACGCAGAGGCGGCACUGGACCUUCCGCACUGAGGAGGAGCUGGCCCGCUGCCGAGCCGACGCCAACCGCAAGUUCCGCUGCAAAGCGGUGGCCUGCGGAAAGGCUCGGCCGAGCGACUCGCUGCUUCUGGAGCCCCGGGAGGAGUUGGCAAUCUGUAAAUAUUAUGAGAGGAAACUGCUGGAUUUCUGCUCCGUGUUCAAACCUGCUAUGCCCAGAUCCGUGGUGGGAACAGCUACUAUGUACUUCAAACGUUUUUACCUCAAUAACUCAGUGAUGGAGUAUCACCCUCGAAUAAUAAUGUUAACAUGUGCAUUCUUGGCAUGUAAAGUAGAUGAAUUUAAUGUGUCCAGUGCACAGUUUGUUGGUAACCUUCGAGAGAACCCUCCAGGUCAGGAGAAGGCUCUUGAACAGAUCUUGGAAUAUGAAUUACUACUUAUUCAGCAGCUGAACUUCCAUCUUAUAGUGCACAACCCUUAUAGACCAUUUGAGGGAUUUUUAAUUGAUUUGAAGACUCGUUAUCCAUUGCUGGAGAAUCCUGAGGUCUUGAGGAAAACAGCUGAUGACUUUCUUAAUCGAAUAGCUCUGACAGAUGCCUACCUUCUCUUUACACCUUCACAAAUAGCUCUCACUGCCAUCUUAUCUAGUGCUUCCAGGGCAGGAAUUAAUAUGGAAAGCUAUUUAUCAGAGUGUCUUGCGCUGAAAGAAAACAGAACAUCUCUGUCCCAGUUACUAGAUGGAAUGAAAUGCAUGAAAAAUCUCAUAAAGAAAUAUGAACCACCACGGGCUGAGGAGGUUGCUGCUCUAAAGCAGAAGUUAGAGAAAUGUCACAGCUCAGAACUUGCUCUUAAUACAAACUUAAAGAAGAGGAAGGGCUAUGAAGAUGAUGAAUAUAUUACAAAGAAAUCUAAAAUGGAUGAGACAUUGCCAAGGCAUGAGGAUGCAGGUUCCCUGAGAAGAACUCUCCAUUGUUAAGUUGGUGGAAGGACCCUUUCCAGGAAGAAUGGACUGAUGAUGAUCUUGUAGAUUCACUAUAAUUUUUAAAGAUGGCACCUGGCAGAACUUCAGGAACUACUUGUCAUCCACCUACUGCAUCAUGUUGGAUUCUCAUUUGUAAAAACUCUAACGACUUAUGGCAGGUUCCCAGUUUGUCAUGGGCUACAGAAGAACUGCCUCUUUAUAAUAAAUUGAUUUGUAUUUUA